CUCUCUAGUCUACACCGAAAAAUUCAAAUCCAAAAACCUCGGUUCUCUCCCUCCCCAUCUCUUUCUCUCUCUCGCUCUCGCUCGUUCUGUCUCUGUGCGUGUCUUUGAGUUUGUAGUCUUCAAUAAUGGCAGCCAAAAACACCUACCUAACCACGCCGACCAAGACGCCAUCAGAUAGAUCCGGCUCCGUCUCCAGAAAGCAACAGAGUUCGAACUCACAUGACCCGUCCUCAAGCUCCAGAUUUGAGGCCUACAACCGCCUGCAAGCAGCGGCUGUGGCGUUCGGAGAGAAACUUCCCAUUCCUGAGAUUGUGGCUUUGGGUGGGCAAUCCGAUGGCAAGAGUUCCCUCCUUGAAGCUUUCUUGGGUUUCCGAUUCAAUGUACGCGAGGUCGAGAUGGGUACACGACGGCCGUUGAUUCUGCAGAUGGUCCACGAUCCCACUGCGCUCGAGCCCCGUUGCCGUUUCCAGGAAGAGGAUUCAGAAGAAUACGGAAGUCCUGUUGUUUUGGCUUCUGCAAUAGCAGAUAUCAUAAAGUCCAGGACUGAGGCGCUUUUGAAGAAAACGAAAACAGCUGUUUCUUCUAAGCCAAUAGUGAUGAGAGCAGAAUAUGCACACUGUCCUAACCUCAAUAUCAUUGAUACCCCGGGGUUUGUCCUUAAGGCAAAGAAGGGCGAACCAGAGAGCACACCUGAUGAAAUUCUUUCAAUGGUCAAGUCCUUGGCUAGUCCUUCCAACCGUAUUCUCCUUUUCCUUCAACAGAGUAGUGUGGAGUGGUGCUCAUCACUGUGGCUGGAUGCUGUUCGUGAGAUUGAUCCUACCUUCAGAAGGACAGUAAUUGUUGUCUCAAAGUUCGACAAUCGACUCAAGGAAUUUAGUGACAGGUGGGAAGUAGAUCGGUACUUGAGUGCGAGUGGAUACCUUGGAGAUAACAUUCGCCCAUAUUUUGUAGCUCUACCAAAGGACAGGGGCACCAUAUCAAAUGAUGAGUUCCGCAGGCAAAUAUCGCAGGUGGAUUCAGAAGUUCUAUGCCAUCUUCGUGAGGGUGUCAAGGGAGGAUUUGAUGAAGACAAGUUCAGGUGCCAUAUUGGUUUCAGCAGCUUGAGAGAACAUUUGGAGUUGGAGCUUCAGAAGAGAUACAAAGAAUCUGCUCCAGCAACAAUAGCUUUGCUUGAGCAGCGUUGUAAUGAAGUGACUACAGAGCUGGCAAGGAUGGACUCGAAAAUACUGGCUACUUCUGAUGUUGCUCAUCUUCGGAGAUCUGCAAUGUUGCAUACAGCCUCAAUCAGUAAUCAUGUGGGGGCUUUGAUUGAUGGAGCCGCUGAUCCUGCUCCAGAGCAGUGGGGUAAAACAACUACAGAAGAGCAAAUAGAAAGUGGCAUUGGGAGUUGGCCGGGUGUCAGUUUAGAGAUAAAACCUCCAAAUGCUACUCUUCGUCUUUAUGGAGGUGCUGCUUUUGAAAGGGUUAUGCAUGAAUUCCGUUGUGCUGCAUUCUCUAUCGAAUGUCCCCCAGUGUCAAGGGAGAAGGUGGCUAAUAUAUUACUUGCGCAUGCUGGACGAGGUGGAAGUAGAGCAGUAGCGGAGGCUGCAGCGGAGAUUGCGCGUGCUGCAGCUCGGUCAUGGCUUGCUCCUCUUCUUGACACUGCUUGUGACCGAUUAGCCUUUGUUUUGGGGAACCUCUUUGACCUUGCUGUGGAAAGAAAUUGCAGCCAUGACUCAGAAUACGGGAGGAAAACUGAAAGUAUGGAUGAGUACAUUUGCUUUCAUGCUGCUUUAAGGCGUGCUUACCUUUGUUUUAUAAAGGAUCUCUCCAAACAGUGCAAGCACCUGGUUCGACAUUACCUUGAUUCAGUUACAAGUCCAUAUUCUCAGGUCUGUUAUGAGAAUGACUUUCAAGGAAGAUUAUGCUCAAGCAAAAUCUCAUAUAAAUUUAAUCAAGCUUCAGCUGCUUCAUAUUGUCUCGAACUAUCAGAUGGUGGGGUGGCAUCUUGCGAUGCAAUAAUGAGAGAUCAAGAAAAUAUACCUCCAGAGAAGAAUGCACAGCAAACAACUCCAGGAAAAGGUGCAGAAGCUAGAGAAGCUCUUAAAGAAAGCCAAAUGACAGUGCCUGAGACCCCAUCACCUGACCAGCCUUGUGACGUAGUUUACAAAGGAGUAAAAAAGGAGCUUGGGAACGGUGCUGAAAUUGGUGCGAGAAAACGGAUUGCAAGAAUGGCAGGGAAUAGUAGAAAUGCCGAAAAUUUAAGAGUUCAAGAUGGCGGUGGUCUUCUAUUUGGAAAUGGGGACGGUGGUAUGGGAACAGGCUCAGCAUACUCAGAAAUAUGUUGGUCUGCUGCGCAACAUUUUGCCCGGAUACGUGAAGUUCUUGUUGAGCGAAGUGUGACGUCUACUUUGAACUCUGGUUUCUUAACGCCUUGUCGGGAUCGUCUUGUACUGGCACUUGGAUUAGAUUUGUUUGCUGUAAAUGAUGAGAAAUUUAUGGAUAUGUUUGUUGCUCCUGGUGCCAUUGAUACACUACACAAUGAACGGAUGUCCCUUCAAAAGCGUCAGAAGAUACUCCAAUCAUGCUUGAAUGAGUUCAAAAACAUUGCACGAGCACUUUGAUCGUGACACUAUAUCCGAAUGAAAUUGCCAAAGGUUUCACAGCUAGUGAACAGAGAAAAUACUGCAUUCCGGGGCCCUGCUUAUAUUCUCUUAAACACGAUUAACGGCUUUACGCGGUAAUGUAACGGCCAUGAACUCCUAUAAUUGUGUGAUUUGAAGUUUGUUUCUUUUGCUUUUACAUAAUAUGUUUAUUAUGUCCCUGAAUUAAUGAUUUGAUUGUGUUGAUUAUCGCUUGCAUUUUGUGGGGCAGUGAAACAAAGAUGGACCAGAGCAAAAAGUUAGACAACUUUUAUAGAUUGCAUAACUUUGGGUAAGAGGU